AUGUCUUCACCAUCCAUUUUUUUUUCUGUCUGUAUUCUUUUUUUAUAUACUACAAUAUCCACAUAUAUAUCCAUUUUAGGCUCUUGGUGGAAGCGAGAAGAGUUUCUACGCACUAGGAUAACGACCUGCAGAUACCCGAGCGGCGAGCGCUGGGGCCUAAAGUGCUAUCUUCCAUAUAAAAGUUCUUUAAUCGCCUCCAAACGUUUUUUGACCCCACACUGCCGUAAUCUCACCAUGUCGACGCCAGCGAAAAGAAGACUUAUGAGAGAUUUCAAGCGCAUGCAACUGGACGCCCCCAGCGGCGUUUCGGCAUCACCUGUCCCCGAUAAUGUCAUGUCUUGGAAUGCUGUGAUUAUCGGUCCAGCAGAUACUCCAUUUGAAGACGGCACGUUCCGCUUAGUGUUACAGUUUGACGAGCAGUAUCCAAACAAGCCACCUAGUGUGAAAUUCAUUAGCGAGAUGUUUCACCCUAAUGUUUAUGCCAGCGGCGAGUUGUGUCUAGAUAUCUUGCAGAACAGAUGGUCACCGACAUACGAUGUUUCGAGUAUUUUAACGUCAAUCCAGUCGCUAUUGAACGACCCCAAUAUCUCAUCUCCGGCUAAUGUGGAAGCCGCUAACUUGUAUAAGGAUCACCGUUCUCAGUACAUAAAACGAGUUCGGGAAACGGUGGAGCGAAGCUGGGAUGAGGAUGAUGACGAGGACGGCGAGGAAGAGGAUGAGUAG